AUGGCCAAAGGGAGACGCUUCAACCCGCCCUUAGACAAGGACGGAAGAUGGUUCCCGCACAUUGGAGUGACGCAGAAGACCCCGGAGUCCAUCACCAGCGUGAUGCUCAAGGAGCCCCACAACCCUCGCUUCUCCUGGCAAAUAGAAGAGAAGCUGCCGCCCAUCUACAAAGCCCGGGAGAAGCAAGCGACCCACAACAACUUCCCCUUCUCCGUGCACGACAACCGGCACAGCCUCCGGAGUUCCGGAUUCUACGUUGACUCCGGCCUGGGACGUAGGAAGGUCGCCCCGGAGAAAAGGCAACACGUUUCGAGAAAUUUCAAUCUCUGGGCGUGCGACUUUGUCCCGUCUUAUCUUGAUGGCUUUUCCAAUAACCAGAUAUCGUACGUCGGCCCGGAAGCGGUGGUGGUCCCCCUUUUCAGGCGCUUCCCACGACAGUACAGCGAGGUCUGGGGCACUUGGAAGUUUAUCCCCGAGCAGAGCUACGCGGAGUUCUUGAAAAAGAAGCCGAAAGUCCGGUUCGCUAUUGACAAAAAGGCCACCUCUUCGCUGGAGCCCUUGUGCCUCCAGAAGAGCCUUGAUGAGUUGAGUAAGGCGGGCAUGUCACUGGGCAUUCCGUCCAGCACUACCAGCUAA